GUCUCCGUCUCUAUCUCCGUCUCCAUCUGCAACGAGCAAAGGGCGCUGAGCCGCUUCUGAAAGUGAAACCGUCAUUGACUGAAGUGGAGUGGGCCGAGGUUUGUAUUCAAGAAGCUCGAUCAUGCCAUGCAUGUUACGAAUGUUCUUGAAAAGGUGGUAAGCAUUUCUCCGUCUUUGGAACAUCGUAAAGACUAGGUGUAAUCAACAAAUCGACUGCACUCAAGAUGGCAGCAACUCUCAUCUUCUCACCUGGUCCUUACCAUAUCAUAUCCUAUGGAACUCUCCUGGGAACCCAGGUUUUUCACUCCUUCAUCAACGCGACAGCUGCCUUCAGGACCCUCGAGCGACCCGCAUUUGCCAUACUCCAGCGUGCCCUAUUCCCGUGGUACUUCGGCAUACAGACUAUUAUGCCUGUCGCCCUGGCACUCACAUAUCCAGGGAGCCGUAUCGCAGCGAGCGGUAUCCAAGGCGCGCUCCUGAACGAAGCAAACCGAUGGGACGUUGCAGUGCCACUAGCGACCAUGUUCGUUACAGGUCUGAUCAACUGGGCAUAUUGCCUGCCAGUCACGAAUGCCAUUACAGAUAAGAGACGCACACAAGAGAAGAAAGACGGCAAGCAAAGCUGGGAUGCGACGCCACAGUCGCAGGAGAUGCAAUCCCUCAACAAGCAGUUUGGGAAGAUCCAUGGUAUUUCGUCUCUUCUCAACCUCGUUACGCUGCUUGCGACGAUUACCUACGGAUUCAACUUGUCGGCAAGAAUACAAUGACCAAAGCACAACGAUAAAAGGGCAUGGCCACGCUUCGCUAUGGACUGGUCGUGUACGCGCGAGCAUUGCUUGGUGAUUAUGAUCUGAAAGCUUCGAGUGUUAUUUAGCUCUCUAAAAUACAGCACAGUACAAUAUAAAUUGGCGAAGAU